GGGAGAGAGGAGACAUGCUGAAGGAGCUCCAGUUCUUCCUGUCGGCCGUCCUGCUGCUCGCUUGUGUCUUCUUCUACCAGUUCAGCCUGAAGUCCAGCUGCCUCUUCUCUUGCCUUCCUCCCCCAAAGUUCCAGCCGGACCUGGAAGCCGUCCUGGGCUCUGGGCGUGGCGUUGUGUUCAUAGAGACCUCAGAGAGAAUGGAGCCAACGCCUCUGGUCUCUUGUGCUGUGGAAUCUGCUGCCAGGAUUUACCCUGAGAAGCCUGUGGCAUUCUUCAUGAAGGGUCUCAACAACACCUCAUGGCUGCCCUCAAACUCCACUCACCCAGCUUUUUCUCUCCUCUCAGCCAUAGACAAUGUUUUCCUCUUCCCUUUGGAUAUGAAAAUGCUGUUUGAAGACACACCGUUGCUUUCAUGGUACACUCACAUCAAUGCCAGUGUGGAGAGCAACUGGCUCCAUGUCAGUUCAGAUGCGUCCCGUCUGGCCAUCAUCUGGAAAUAUGGCGGCAUCUACAUGGACACUGAUGUCAUCUCCAUCCGACCCAUCCCUGAGGAGAACUUUCUGGCUGCACAGGCUUCUCGGUACUCUAGUAAUGGGGUGUUUGGAUUCCUCCCCCGCCACCCCUUCCUGUGGGAGUGCAUGGAAAACUUUGUCGAACACUACGAUUCAGCCAUUUGGGGCAACCAGGGUCCCAGUUUGAUGACAAGGAUGUUGAGACUGUGGUGCAAACUUAAAGACUUCCAGGAGGUGAGUGAUUUCCAGUGUUUGAACCUGUCCUUCCUACACCCCCAGAGAUUUUACCCCAUCUCCUACCCAGAGUGGAGGCGCUACUAUGAAGUCUGGGACAAAGACCUGAGCUUCAAUGACUCCUACGCCCUGCAUUUGUGGAACUACAUGAACAGUGAAGGAAGGACUGUGGUUAGAGGGAGCAACACGCUGGUGGAAAAUCUCUGCCGUCAGUACUGUCCCAGGACUUACAGGGACCUGAUUCAAAGUCCAGAGGGAGUGGUGACCGGAGAGAGGGGUCCAGGCAACAAAUAG